UUGAACUUGUGUAAUUUCCGUGAGGGAACCACGUGUGCUAAACAGCCCGCAAUGAGUGAUACAGACAUACACUCAUACAUACAAAUACCAUUACAGCAUACGGUAUUCGAUGUCAAAUGGAUGCCACACAGUGCAAAGUUCUUAACUUUCGGAAUCUUGCCAAACGGUACAGGUUGUGUAGAGCUAUACGAAAUGACAGACGGCUCUGCAAGUAAGGUCGCCGAGAUUCCGCACACAAAGGGUGUAAAAACUGGGUCGUUCGCCGCAUCCAGCCAAGUCCAACGUGACUUUGCAACAGGAGAUUUUGAAGGCAGACUGCGAAUUUGGGACUUGGAAGAACCCGAGAAACCAGUCUACGCAGUUAAAGCACACAGCAGUAUCAUCAACUCCAUUGACGGCAUUGGUGAAGCCGCGCCAAGCAUUGCAACAGGAAGCAAGGACGGCUCGGUGAGAAUAUGGGACACAAGGACGACCGAACCCGUUGCUGUAAUACAACCUUCGCCAGACCAGGUUCGAAGAGAUUGCUGGACCGUUGGAUUUGGUAAUUCGUACUGCACGGAAGGACGCCACGUCUGUGCUGGAUAUGAAAACGGUGAGGUCAAGUUGUUUGACUUGCGAAAUCUCAAGGUCUCCUGGGACACCAACGUGAAGUAUGGGGUCUGCAGUCUCGAAUUUGACCAGAAGGAUAUAUACAUGAACAAGUUGGUUACAACGGGCGUUGAUUCACAAAUACAUGUUUUUGACAUGAGGACACGUCAUCCAGAAAAAGGCUAUGCCCAGUUGUGCCAGCAAGACAAGCACAAAUCAACAGUUUGGACUGUCAAACAUCUUCCACAAGACAAGGAUGUCUUCAUGACUGCAAAUGGAAGUGGAUUCCUCUCUCUCUGGAAAUACAACUACCCGGAGAAGCGAGCCUGUGACAGUUCCGACGGAGCUGUCGAGGGAGUUACAGGGUCCUUGUCACUACUUCGAGAGACUAGGCUAACUACACAACCAGUGGUGAACUUGGACUGGAACAGCCACAUGAAAGGGCUCUUUGUGACAUGUGCCUUGAACCAGAACGUGUAUGUCAUGUUUGUGUCUGGAUUGGCAGAGUGACACCGGUCAUCUGUAUCACAUCAUCGUUGUGUUUUGUUACUGCCUGAUUAGCUUUUGUGGAAGCACAAUAAAGAAAUCUGCCGUUUGUUA